AUGUCUAAAAAUACUUUAAGCGCUCAAUUUCGGCGAGUGGACGUCGAUGCCCUAGACGAAAAUAACUUCAAUGAUGCUGAUGCUGAUUCGUCCACUCCUGUUGGACCUGAUAUCUCAGCUGCCACUAGAAAUAAAGCCGAAGCUUUGAAAACUGUUCUCCAAAAUCCGCCAUUAGCAAAUUCGAAAGAUGUAAAGGAUCAAGUUUUUACUGCUGUCCUAAAAGUUUUGACAUCACACAGAAGUUCUGAUAUAGAAAAGAGCAUCCAAGGAUUGUCGCAACAAGAAAUAGAUACUUUGGUUAAAUAUAUCUAUCGAGGAUUUGCAGAAGCCAAAGAUAGUAGUUGUGCUACCUUACUAGCAUGGCAUGAAAAGGCUACUGCUGCUGGAGGCUUAGGCUCAAUUGUCAGAGUAUUGACAAGUCUUAAGACUGUUUAA